AUGCGGGCCGCCGCGGCGUUCGACGAGCUGUACGAGCGCUUGCGCGUGCUGGGGGAGGGCGCCUACGGCACGGCGUUCCUGGUGCGGCAGAAGGAUGCACGGGAGCUGCACGUCGCCAAGGAGAUCCGGACCGCACACCUUACGGAGAAGCAGAGGGAGGGCGCUUUGGCAGAGGCGAACGUGCUGAAGAUGAUGAGGCAUUCCAACAUCAUAGCGUACGUCGAUUCUUUCCUCGAAGGCUCCAAGAUGUACAUCAUCAUGGAGUACGCGGACGGCGGCGACCUGGCGAAGAAGAUCAGGGGGCGCAAGGACGACGGCGGCACGUUCCAGGAGGCCGAGAUCAUGUUCCACUUCGCACAGGUUGCCCACGCGCUGGACCACAUCCACCGGCGGAAGGUGCUUCACCGCGACCUCAAGCCGCUCAACAUCUUCCUCACCAGCCAGGGCGACGUGAAGCUCGGCGACUUCGGCAUCGCCCGCGUGCUGGAGAGCACGACGGCUGGCGCACAGACGACCAUCGGCACGCCCUUCUACCUCUCGCCGGAGGUGUGCAACAACGAGGCCUACGGCCGCGCCAGCGACCUGUGGUCCCUGGGCGUCGUGACGUACGAGAUGGCGGCCCUGCGGGUGCCCUUCCACGCCACCUCGAUGCCAGCCACCGCCCUCAAGAUCAUCGGGGCGGAGCCGGAUCCCCUCCCGCAGGGGUACUCUGGCGGCUUCGUGCGCAUCGUGUUCGGCCUGCUGGAGAAGGAGCCGGCCAGCCGGCCGAGCCUGGAGGCGGUGCUCCAGCUGCCCUCCGUGCAGAUGCACAUAUCGGACUUGUCUAGGACGCUGGCGAGCGGCAACGGCGGUAUCGACGUCAAGACCUCGGUGGAGUCAGAGGGCGCGCGGCCGCCGCGGGCCGCGGCCCGCGCGGAAGCGCGGGCGUCGCCAGGACCGCUGGACCCACGCCACGGCCCGCAGCCAGAGCCGCAGCGGCAUCCGCGGCCCGAGGCGCCGCGACGAGAGGCGCCGCGGCGGCCCUCAUGGGAGGUGGCAUGCGUUGAACCGCCCGACACGGUCAGCACAGAGAGCGGCUUCGGCAGUGAGCCGCCCCAGCAGGCGGUCAGCUUCGACGGCCGCCCUGGCAGCGGCGUGCACGGCGGCCCUCCCCCGUGGGAGAGGAGGCCACCAGAAGGCCCAGCCGCCAGAAGGACCGGCGCCGCCGUCCCCCGCAGCGGGCGCGACGUCGCCGCUGGGCCACCGCCGCCGCCGCCGUUCCAGGAGCUCGCAGCCGCGCCCUGGCCGGCCCGCCCGGCCCAAGAAGGGCGCCGAGAGCCGUCGUCGCGCACGCAGGCGCCGGAGAGGCGCCAGGAGGAGGCGCUGCAGAACCCGUGGAUCAGGCGCGGCUACCACCGCCCCGAGGAGCUGCCGCCGGCGGGGGUCGAGAGCGUGCCGGUCCCGACACUCGCGGGUGCUGGCGCGCCGGCGCUGGCAGCGCCGCCGGAGCAGCGGAUCGCAGCGCGGCGGCUGCGGCAAGAGGAGGAGGAUGACAUGCUGGCGGGAGGCGAGCGCAGGAAGGCAGAGGUGCGGAGGAAGGCCCAAGAGGAGCGCGACAGGCAGGAGGCUUACCGGAGGAGGCAGUUGGACCAGGCCAUGCGCGAGCAGCAGGAGGAGUUGCGGCGGUUGCGGGCGCGGCAGCAGUCCAUGCGCGGCAUGGAGGACGAGGCCAUAUCCGCGGGCAGCACCGACGAGGUGCCCACCGACCACGAGGCUGCGCCAGUGGGCCCCCGUCGAGACCACCAGGCGGCCCCGCAGGCCGUGGGCGCGGCGUGCGCGGAGCCGGGCCGCGCCGCAGGGGCAGGCGAGCCCCCGGAUAAGGCGCUGUCGCAGACCAUGCAGUGCGCGUUCGAGUUCCAAAUGGUCGACAAGGUGCGCCCGCGGCCGAAGCUCACCUCCGAGGCGCAGCAGCCGCGCCGGCCGCGGCAGGCGCAGGCCCCCGAGCCCGAGCCUGGGCGUGGUGGCGCUGGCCCCGCCGAGGGCCUGCUCCGAGGCAGCGCGGGGCGUUUGCCGCCAGCGCCGGCGCAGAGACCGCUGCAGGGCUCCCCCGCUCAGAGCCUGCGCCGGCCGCGAGUCGCCGAGGAGUGGGCGCCGCAGCACGCGCCCGGGCAGGUUGGCGCCAUGCGCACCGCGGGCUCCGCCGUCGUGGCGGCGCCGCGGCGGGCAGAGAGGCCCCGCUGCGCAGCAGGUGGAGAGGAGAGCGGUGCCGACUGA